AGACUUGCAAUUGUUUACGACCAAAUGUUUGUUUUUAAAUCCACUGGUAGGUGCGAUUCUGCCAGGCUUCCGGUGUAAGCGGAGCAGGCCAAUCCCGCACACGUCAGGGGGACGGAUAGUUGCCUGGUUCUCACAGUUCGAAUUUUCGAUGAGUUCAACAAUCUUCGGUCUUUUGCAAUAUCUCACCUUAUAACCUUGAAAGGUCAUUCAACUUUGCCUUACAUGGGUCACUGGUGCCAAACAUGGCUGCCAUACUAGUACCUGCUACCAGAAGUGAGAUGUUACGUACUGUCACAGCUAUGCGGAAUCGAAUUAUCUGCACUCUCACUCAUGACAGCAAGGAGACAGCUAUGUGGAAUCGUAUGGGCUUCAAGGUGCACAAGAAUCACAUGUCUACGUCCUUUGGUACCGAAGUCAACCUCGUGGAGACCCAUGUAGACUGGGGAAGCCAAGCUAAACUCCACCCAGCACGGAUUAGGGGAAGGAAAUGGCUACCUGGCUCGACUAGUCUUAACUUUCCCGAGUUUCUCAAGCCGCCCAAGGACGGCUUCCCGUAUGUCUUCACACCCCAGGAGGACACCACUGCCUCUCCUGAAGAGUGUGCUGUCGCCGUGCGGAAAGUAGUGCACGAAGUGCUUGAGAAGAGCAACAAUGGGGCGGUACUGUUUCGUGGUUUGCCCCUGCAGACGGCGGAAGAUUUCUCCCGUGUGGUCAACAGCCUCGGGCUGAAGUUAAUGCGUUAUGAAGGGGGAGUUGCAGUCAGGUCUGAGAUCGCAAAGGGAGUGAACACAGCGAGCGACGAGCCACCCGAGUUUUGUAUCGAGCCCCACAAUGAGCUGUCAUACACUUCACACUUCCCUGAAAAGAUAAUAUUUUUCUGCCUGGACCCGCCGUCUCCCGGAGCUGGUGGUGAGACUGUGAUCUCAGACGUGCGAGAAAUCCUGCCCCGGCUGGACAAGGACGUGGUGGACAAGUUUGAGAAGCUUGGAGUGAUGUACUGGCAUCACCUGCCCUCCCACACACCUGGAGCAUACCACUACUGGCAGAAGUCGUUCCAGACCGAAGACAGGGCUGUUGUAGAGAAACACAUGUUAGAAAACAACACCAAUUGGAGGUGGGAAGAUGACAACCUGUCAUGGUGGAUCACCCUGCCACCCAUGUUCAAAUACAGAGGAGAGAAACUGUGGUUCUGCUCCGUCCACGUAAAUAACGCAUCAUAUUUCAGUGCCCAUCCCCUUUGGUUCAACAAGGACAUCCCCGAUCAUCACUUCCCCUUCCACACCUACUAUGGGGACGGCACCGACAUUGAGGCGGAAGUUCUCCAGCACAUCCGCGAUGUUCAUUGGCAGAUAAUAUUUUUCUGCCUGGACCCGCCGUCCCCUGGUGCCGGUGGUGAGACUGUGAUCUCAGACGUGCGGGAAGUCCUGUCCCGGCUGGACAAGGACGUGGUGGACAAGUUUGAGAAGCUUGGAGUGAUGUACUGGAAACACCUGCCCUCCCACACACCUGGAGCAUACUUCUCUUGGCAAACGUCGUUCCAGACCGAGGACAGGGCCGUUGUAGAGAAGCAAAUGAUCGCGCUAGCGAACAACACCAAUUGGAGGUGGGAAGAUGGCAAUCUAUCAAUGUGGAAUAUCCUGUAUCCUAUGUACAAGUACAGAGGAGAGAAACUGUGGCUGUGCGUCGCCCACGGAGGUCACGCAUCGUAUCUUAAGGCCCAUCCCCUCUGGUUCGACAAGGACAUCCCCGAUCAUCACUUCCCCUUCACCACCUACUAUGGGGACGGCACCGACAUUGAGACCGAAGUUCUCCAGCACAUCCGUGAUGUUCACUGGCAGGUUUCCAUGGGUUUCCAAAUGCAGAAGGGUGACUUACUGGUCCUGAACAACAUCUACUGCCAGCAUGCCAGACUCAGCUAUACCGGGAAACGGAAGCUUGCCGUCGCGUUGGCCAAGCAGGACCAAGUUGGCUAACAGUAGACUAUCAGGUCUACUGAGUCUCGAAUCGUCCCAAUACUAUAUUAGUAGUCAGUCUUCCAAAUGGAAUCAUAUCAACUGACACGCAAUUAGUCCGUUUACGCCGAAUCCGUGGUACCUGUACAGAUAAUGGAGAGUGAAAGGCGAUCGAAAAUGUAAUGAUUUGACGUGUGAAAUGUAGUAGAAUCUCGUUGUAAAACAUUAUAUACUGCAUCUGUAUUGGUGUCAAUGUAUGGCAAUGGCCAAUGAUGAGAAGUUAACGUUUGUGCUUAUUUCACUGGUGCAUAGUUUACACAGGGAGGUUAAAGGUUAACCUCCUUGGUUUACAACAGUAGAAAUAAUGCUCGUGUGAGAAGUGUACUAUACAUGUUGGACUGUGGCAAAACAAUGAUUUUGAAUAAUUCUAUCCUGAA